AUGAUUUUGGAAGAAAAAAAAGCACAAGCGAUUAUUGAAGAAAAACUUCGCCAACUUGAAGAAGAAAAAUAUCGUGAAGAAGAAGAGAAAAGAAAUUUAGAAAGAUCUUUUUCCAGAGUAGUGAUCAGUAAAGAAAAACCAAAAGAUUUACCUAAAAAAGAAGAGCAAAAAAUAUCAUCAACCCAUAAAAGUCCAAUUUGUUGCAUUUUAGGACAUGUGGAUACAGGAAAAACGAAGUUAUUAGAUAAAUUACGAGAAAGUAAUGUACAAGAGAAAGAAGCGGGUGGUAUUACACAACAAAUAGGUGCUACUUUUUUCCCUGCGUAUGAAUUAGCAAAAAAAUGUGGAAAGCAAACCGGUGAUUUGCCAGGUAUACUUAUAAUUGAUACUCCUGGCCAUGAAUCUUUUACAAAUUUAAGGUCUAGAGGUUCUUCAAUAUGCAAUUUAGCAAUAUUGGUUGUUGAUAUUGUCCAUGGGCUAGAACCACAAACGUUAGAAAGUAUAGAACUUUUACGAAGUCGAAAAACACCUUUUGUUGUGGCACUUAAUAAAAUUGACAGAUUGUAUGGAUGGAAAUCUGAAAAAUAUAGACACUUUAGAGAAGCAUUUGAUGCACAAAAUAAAAAUACAAAGCAAGAAUUUAAAAACUAUUUAGAUUAUAUUAAAAGAAAGUUUGCAGAAAUUGGAUUAAAUGCUACAUUAUUUUCUGAAAAUCCUAACGAUAAAAAGUUUAUUUCUUUAGUACCUACUUCUGCAAUAUCUGGAGAAGGGAUACCCGAUUUAAUAUCCUUGAUUUUAGAACUUUGUGAGAAAUAUAUGAAAUCUAAAAUGCUUUUAAAUAAAGAAGUAGAAUGUACAAUCUUAGAAGUAAAAAAUACAGAAGGAUUUGGAUAUACAUUAGAUGUUAUUUUAAGUAACGGAGAAUUAAAUAUUGGGGAUCAAAUAGGAUUUAGUACAACAGAAGGACCUGUUGUUACUACAAUUCGUACAUUAUUUCUUCCCCAGCCCUUAAAAGAGUUGCGUGUUAAGAGCCAAUAUCAGCAAGUUAAAAAUGUAAAGGCUAGUCUUGGUGUUAAAAUUUUUGCACAUAAUUGUGAUAAUGCAAUUGCGGGAAGCAGAGUGUAUGUAAUAAAUAAUAAUGAGGAGGAAGUUAAGUUAAAGUUAGAUAAAGACUAUCAGUCUGUAAUUUCUUCUAUUAAAUUAGAUGAAUCUGGUGUACAUGUAGUUGCUAGUACAUUAGGUUCUUUGGAGGCACUUUUAAGUUUUCUAAAGAAAAGUGAAAUUAAGGUAUCUGCUGUGAGUAUUGGAUCGAUUAAAAAGAAAGAUUUAUUAAUUAUUGCGUCAAAUCAAGAAAAAAAUAAUGAAUAUGGUGCAGUUUUGUGUUUUGAUGUCAUUGUUGAUAAAGAUAUUAAAGACCUGGCUCAUAAUCUACAUAUAAAGAUUUUUGAAGCUAAAAUUAUUUAUCAUUUAUUUGAUCAAUAUACAAAUUAUAUUAAUAAUAUGAAAUCAAAGGCUAAAGAAAUUCAUUUUAAUGAAGUUAUUUUUCCUGCCAAAUUAAGUAUUGUACAAAAUUGUAUUUUUACUAAAAGAUCUCCUCUUAUUCUUGGUGUACAUGUUGAGGAAGGCACUUUAAAAGUUGAUACACCUGUCUGUAUUUUUAAAGAUAGUGAAAUUAUUAAAAUGGGUAAAGUUGUAUCGAUAGAGAAUAAUAAAAAGGAAGUUGAUAAAGCUACUAAAGGUCAAAAGGUGGCAAUAAAAAUAGAAAACACAGAUUCGCCUAAAAUGUAUGGUAGACAUUUCAAUGAAAAAAGUAUUUUUUAUUCUAUAAUUACAAGAAAAAGUAUAGAUCUCUUAAAACAGUAUUAUAGAGAUGAGUUGACUGAAGAACACCUACAACUGCUAGUCUUUCUAAAAGAAAAAUUUGAAAUUAUUUAA